UCCAUUUCUUCCUCCCUAAGCUACCUCAAAAAAUGGCACUUCUUGUCCUUCUCAUGGCUUUUCUUCAUUCUUUCAUUCAUGUUUGUGGAUAUGAUGGGGGUUGGAUUGACGCUCAUGCCACUUUCUACGGCGGCGGCGACGCCUCCGGCACAAUGGGUGGGGCGUGUGGAUAUGGGAACUUAUACACACAAGGGUAUGGGACUAAUACGGCGGCUUUAAGCACAGCCCUGUUUAAUAAUGGGCAGAGCUGUGGAGCUUGUUUCGAGAUCAAGUGCGUGAACGACCGGCGCUGGUGUUUGCCUGGCUCGAUUGUGGUCACCGCCACCAACUUCUGUCCGCCAAACAACGCCCUCUCCAACAAUGCCGGCGGAUGGUGCAACCCUCCUUUGCAUCAUUUUGAUCUCUCUCAGCCUGUUUUCCAACAUAUUGCACAAUACAAAGCUGGAAUUGUUCCCGUUGCUUAUAGAAGGGUGGCUUGCAGCAGGAGAGGCGGAAUAAGAUUCACAAUCAAUGGUCAUUCGUACUUCAACCUAGUCCUCAUCACCAAUGUCGGCGGUGCCGGCGAUGUUCAAUCGGUUUCCGUUAAAGGGUCGAGAACCGGCUGGCAACCGAUGUCGAGGAACUGGGGACAAAACUGGCAAAGCAACAGUUUCCCUAACGGACAGAGCCUGUCUUUUAAGGUCACCACCAGUGACGGCCGUACUCUUGUCUCUAACAAUGUCGUUCCGCCGCAUUGGUCGUUUGGCCAAACCUUCACCGGCUCACAAUUCACCUAAACCCCGAAAAUUACGAUCAUAUUAUCGCAAAUCCGAGUCUAGAAGUGAAGAAGUGAAGUCGUAGAUGGUGUAUUAAUGUUAUGGUGGUUGAAGUUAGAAUUUGAUGGGUUUAGUUUCUAUUCUGCUCUCUUUUGAUACAGGCGGAGACACGGGAAAUGGCGGCGGUGGUGGUGGUGGAGAUUCGGUUUAACCACCCGCUGGCCGCCACUUAUAUUUCGGUUUUGGUUAAUUGGUAUUUGGUUUGCAAUAUUUUGUAGUGUUUAAUUACUUUUUCUAUAAUUACUUGGCUUCAUUCCUGCCAUUGUUGCUGUUAUGUUAAGCAAUUCAAGGUCUACAGGACUGUAAUGGCUUUUGGAAGACAACAAAAUGUGAUGAAGUUUUUUUUUAUUAAUUUAGAAUAAGCAUAAUACAAUAUUUGUUUAAA